AGAUCAAAUGGUUUUCAGUUCUAAUGGGUCACCCGGUAUAUAGUGUAGAAAGAGAAUUGUAGUUCAAACGUUCAAGUGUAGUUCAAUUGUGAGCUACUAUUGAGGUUAAGUUUUCAAUUUGUGAUGGAAUCAGAAUCUUCGAAACGUAAUACUGCCAAAGACGACAAGAAGUCCUACCUUCUGAACUUCUUAAAGGAGAGCUUACCGAGCCGAACUCGAACUGAAAUUAGCACUCUUAGCGAUUGCAAUUUUGCCUUUACCACAAGCGCCCCAAAAAAAGAGAAGACAGUACGAAAAAAGAAACAGUUCAUCACGCGAAAGGAACGUAAGAAAUUAAACAUUCUCAAGUUGCCGAAGCAGGACUGGAAUUAUAAAGAGCUGGGCGUGAUGAGAGACCUUUGGAAGCAGUACAUGCGAAACAACUUAGCCCUGUAUCCCAAGAUACCCACCUGGGAGGACUCGAACUGGAACAAUUUCAAUAUCACUUUGGCCAAGUCCGAAUUUAUCGGUGCCGAGCUGACCGUCGUGCGAUCGAAGAACGUGAACCAGGUUGGGAUGCGCGGUAUAGUCGUUUUGGAAACGAAAGCGACCUAUCAAAUAGUCACCCCGAAAAAUGAAUUGAAAAUUCUCAUAAAAAAGUCUUCGGUAUUUAGCUUAGUUUUAGACGAUAUGAAAUUUACAAUCUUUGGGAAGUAUACUGUAGUGAGGCCUAGUGAAAGGAGUAUUAAGAAGGUUAAAACUCUGUUACUGCCAGAUUUGUAGUUGUUGUAAUAAUUAUAUGUGUUCUAUUAG